AUGUUCGCGUGGCUUCUCAUCGUCGCGACGGGCGUAUGUCUGGCUCAGCAGUUAAUCGCCACGAUACUGAUUGCGGCAUUGACAGCUCCCAAGUCUAAUGUACGACGGGUUGGCGCCACCUUGCUACUCCCAUUUGGCUGUUGUCAAGCAUAUCUCAUAUACUACCUGUUUCCGUGGGUGUUCGCACAGGCCCUUGUGCAAGCUCUCCUCCCGGGGACGUGCUUCGUCCAGUUCCACUACCUCCUGUUCAAUCCCGCCGCAGAUGCCACUGUGCCACCGUGUUUUAUGAAGCUCUCAUGGACGGCGUGGGUCCGGAUCUUUGUUCAAGUCAUCCGUGACUCUCGGGGUGUUCCUUCCCCCGCUUCCCCCACACGCAACACGGACGCAACCCUCAACCGAGCGGCGUUUUUCCGACAGCGAUUCGCUCAAUACGCCCGGAACGCCCUCAUUCCAGAGGUGAUGUGGUUCCUGGGGCGCCGCGAGUUCGGGGUCAGCACGCCUGAGUGGGACCACGUCUUGAGUCCUGGCACGGAGUAUCUUCUGCUUAGGUUGACUUUCCGGCAGCUGCAAGCAAGGAUCGUGGCCACCGCCGGGGUGUGGAUUAUGGUGUACUGCACGGUGGAUACAUUCGACUGUCUGAUCUUGACAGCGGCAGUAGCUCUUGGGGACAACCGACCCGAAGACUGGCAACCGAUGUUUGGAAGCCUGCGCGACGCAUUCUCACUACGGGGUUUCUGGGGAAAAUUUUGGCACCGGUUGAUUCGUCGGCCUCUAAUCGACUUUUCCACCGCUCUUCUGCGACUUGUAUCGGUGAACCGGGGCAAACGGUGCGAUAUCGCCUUCUUGUGCAUUGUCUUUGUGCUCUCGGGCCUGGUUCAUGUCCCCAUGGACAUCGCAUUUUGGGCUAUGACUGGAGCCCCGUCGUUCCCUUUGUUUCUGAUUUUCUGCAAGACCAUGGUAGCCAUACUGCUCGAGACGAUAGUUGUCCGGUAUUAUCGCGGCUAUCGGCGCCGGCGUGGACGGUCGGCGGAAUGGACCUGGACGGUGGAACGAGCACUGGGAUACAUCUGGGUUUUCCUCUUCUUGUGCUAUGCGUCUCCUCCGGCCUUCUAUCCUGUCCUGCGCGUCUUGGGCUCCGAGAAUCAUUGGUCUCUUUACUGGCCUAUUCCAUGA